GUUGUGGCACAGUUGGCAUCACAACGUCUUGAUCUUGUACUUCUAGUUUUCUCGCAAUUCUCAACUCUUCCUCGUAAUUCAGCCACUCAAGAUACAAUGUCUACCAACUGCAGGAGACGACUUAUCCGUGACUUCAAACGUCUAUCUAGUGAUCCACCAAGCGGCAUUUCUGGGAGUCCAUGCCCAGAUAACAUCAUGAUCUGGAAUGCUGUAAUAUUUGGGCCUUCUGACACACCAUUCGAGGACGGCACAUUCAAACUUCUGCUCACGUUUGACGAAUCUUACCCCAACAAGCCGCCUACAGUGAAAUUCCUUUCCAGAAUGUUUCAUCCAAAUGUAUAUAACAACGGCGAACUCUGCCUGGACAUUUUACAAAAUCGCUGGUCUCCCACGUAUGAUGUUGCCGCCAUCCUUACUUCCAUCCAGAGUCUCCUGCACGAUCCUAAUCCGAACAGCCCGGCAAAUGCAGAAGCUGCGCAGUUGUACCGAGAAAACAUGAAGGAGUACGUGAGAAGGGUGAAAGCCACAGUGGAGGAUAGCUGGUUAGAUCCAGAAGAGAAGCAAAAGAUGAUGGUUGAUGAUGACGGGGAAGGUAGUAGAGAAGCUGCUACCUGACAUAUUUUUUCAUUUGGUUUAUGCACUCACGGACGACUUGUGUGAUCUCUGUUAUUUUGUUUCGGUCUACUAGAUCAUACCUGAUUUAAUUUAAUGAGGUUUGUGUUCCGACUAUUAUGAAUUUUCAUCUCGACCAUACCCGCUGACAGUGGUCUUUCACGGCCCUGGACAAUACUCAUCUAUACUCAAAUUCUGCAGUACUUCAGCCAUCG